AUGAUUCCACAAACUGUAAAAAUUAUAAGUAGAAGUCAGUUGAAGAAGAACUUCCCACAUAUAAUUAAACAAUAUAACAGAACUUUCGUAUCCAUUACAAAUACCAAAACUUCUUCUUCUUCUUCCUCAUCUUCCUCAUCCUCCUCAUAUUCUUCUCCAAAUAACAAAAAAAUAACUACGCUUUCUUUGACCUCAGCUGCAAUCGUUACUGCAACCAGUUUUUUAUAUUUGAAUAAAGACAAUGCUGAUUUAGACAUAUUGAAUGAUUCAGGAUUACAUAUGUCUCCAAACAAAAAAUUUGUGACUCCAACUGAAGUAGCUAAACAUAAUACACCAGACGAUUGCUGGGUCGUUAUCGAAGGUAAAGUUUACAAUUUAACAGAUUUUAUAGACAUCCACCCAGGUGGUCCUUUGAUUCUAAAAUUGAACGCCGGUAUGGACGUCACCGCUAUUUUUAAACCAUUACAUGCAAAAGGUACACUAGAAAAAUAUAUUAAGCCUGAAUGGUUUGUAGGUGAAUUGACUGGGCCGAUGCCUGAUAACUUAGUCGCACCACCUUACACUCCAGGUGAAACACCUGAAGAGAUUAUUUAUAAAGAAAAUUUAAGAAAGCAUCUACCAACCAUAAACAAUAUCAUCAACCUUUAUGACUUCGAAACUUUGGCUUCUAAGAUCCUUUCUAACCAAGCAUGGGCUUAUUAUUCCUCUGGUGCAGAUGAUGAAAUCUCCAUGAGAGAAAACCAUAAUGCAUUCCACAGAAUCUUUUUCAAGCCAAGAGUUCUUGUGGAUGUCAGUAAAAUCAAUUUAGAGACUGAGAUGUUGGGUAAAAAAGUGGAUUUGCCAUUCUACAUUAGUGCAACCGCCUUGAUGAAAUUAGGUAAUCCACAAGAAGGUGAAAUAGGUAUCACCAAGGGUUGUGCAUUAUCACCUUGGAAAGUUCCACAAAUGAUCUCCACGUUAGCUUCAUGUUCUGUAGAUGAAAUUGUUGAUGCUAAAAGUGACGAUUCAAGACAAAUUCAAUGGUUCCAACUGUAUGUUAACUCGGAUAGAAAAAUUACUCGUGAAUUGGUUAAGCAUGUUGAAAGUUUAGGGUUGAAAGCUCUGUUUGUCACUGUUGAUGCCCCAUCUUUAGGUAACCGUGAAAAGGAUUUGAAAAUCAAAUUCUCAACGCAAAUGAAUGGUCCUGAAGUGAUGGCUAAAAAUAAUAAAAAUGAAACAGACCACGGUGCAGCAAGAGCAAUCUCCAAAUUUAUUGAUCCCUCAUUGACGUGGGAUGACAUCUCCAAAUUACAAAAGUUUACUAAAUUACCUAUCAUCAUAAAGGGUGUACAAAGAAGUGAAGAUGUGGUUAAAGCAGCUCAAAUGGGUUGUGCUGGUGUUGUCAUUUCCAACCAUGGUGGUAGGCAGUUAGAUUUUAGUCGUUCUCCAGUAGAAGUUUUGGCUGAAGCAAAACCAAUUUUGAUGAAGAAUGGAUUAGACAAGAAUUUCGAAAUUUUCAUUGAUGGUGGUAUUCGCCGUGGGACAGAUAUAUUAAAAGCUUUAUGUCUUGGUGCUAAAGGUGUUGGUCUAGGUAGACCAUUUAUUUAUGCCAAUUCCUGUUAUGGUGAAAAGGGUGUAGCUCAUGCUAUUCAAAUCUUGAAAAAUGAAUUAGAAAUGAAUAUGAGAUUACUUGGGGCAAGAUCCAUUAAAGAAUUAGGACCUGAAUUCUUGGAUAUUUCCGCACUAAAGAAUAGAAACGUAAGUGUUGCAAAGGAUGAAUUAUAUAAUGGUGUUUAUAUUCCACCUCAAACUGUAGAAAUCAACGAGGAUAAUUUAGAUUGA